AUGGACCGCGGAACGAUCAGUACAUUGAAGCGUACGACGCCGGUUCCCGCACCGAGAGCUCUACCUGGCGGGGUGCACCGCACUAUACGCCCGGGAUUCGCGACGCUGCAAGAGCAGAUGCGCCUCGAACACGACCGGGAGACGUUCCUCAAGAUUGUGAGAAUGAUCCGGCGCACUGCAGCGCGACACAUCGACCUCACAAAGAGUUGGGUCUGGCAGGAUCCGCAAACGUUGGAGGAUAUCAAGGAGGAGAUACUUGCCCAGUGCCCGCUUCUGGGGGAGGUCUAUGUCGACGCGUGGCCGAUCACUUCGUACCUGAGACGUUCACUCAAGGAGCACAAGUCUGGCGGAAACAAGUCGAAGGGGGGUUAUGGGUCGAGGUGUGGACCUGCUACGCCGACCACUAAGCCCGUUCUUAACAAGUGUGCGUACGUGGCCAUACCUUCACGACAGGGAACACAGAAGACUCAGUAUAUGACGGAGAAAGCCAAGGUCUCCUUCUCCACGUCGACUACCAGUAAUAACCGCGCCAUCGCUCGCUCCUACAGCCCAUCCGAAAAGGCUGUCGAAGACAUCUUGGAAUUGUCAGACAGUGAAUGCGAGAGCAAAGAGUGCCCUGCGAGCUCCCAGCCCAGUAACUCUUCGGGGAACGCCCAUUCGAAAACACGCAUGUCUAGCGCAGAGACUGCGUCGAUCAUUAGCGCAACCGAGGGUUCUCCGGGGAUUGACGAAUAUCAGAACGAAAAAAGCGAUUAUGACGUGGAGUUCAUCAGACGAUAA